CGCACAGAACUCCACAGGGAAGCGGCUGUAAAUUGACUCUCCUGGUAAAAUUCAUGCUUUGGUAAAGCGGGUCACUCAUGCCCGUUACAGUGAAGACGCUCAGCCGGAGUGUGUGUGACCUGAGGCCCGGUGCUUUCCUCCACAGACGUUGGGUAGAAAAUGGAGUGUGUGCCUUUAAGGCGCCCGACUGCCUGUCGCUUUGUGCUGCGGAGAGACUGACGCCCUCUGGACACAGUGGACACUUGAGCGGCGGCAGAACACCAUCCUGGAGAAGUUCAAAGAGAAAACAACCUCAGUCCCCCGCAGAAAAGAAAAGUCGUGAACUUGUUAACAGCGUUGUGGUGUUUCCAGUGUCGUGCUGGUGAGCCAUCAGGAUGAGGCCUGGUCAGCUGAUCCUCCCCACCGCCGCCACCGCCGCCCUCCUCUUCCUCCUGUCAGGACUGUCUCUCACCUCCGGCUGCAACAAAGCUCUGUGCGCGAGCGACGUCAGCAAGUGCCUCAUACAGGAGCUGUGCCAGUGUCGCCCGUCGGACGGGAACUGUUCCUGCUGUAAAGAGUGCAUGCUGUGUCUGGGGAACCUCUGGGAGGAGUGCUGCGACUGCGUGGGGAUGUGUAACCCCAAGGACUACAACGACUCUCCAGCCACGUCGAAGAGCACCGUGGAGGAGCUCCAUCGUCCCAUCCCCUCGCUGUUCCGUGCCCUCACAGAAGGCGACGCACCCAUCAACAUGAUGGUCGUGUCCUUCCCCGUCGCCGAGGAGCUCUCCCAUCACGAGAACCUGGUGUCCUUCCUGGAGUCGCUCGACAACCAGCACCAGAACGUGUCGGUCCCCGGCAACAGCAUCCAUGCCAGCUACGACACUCAAGAAAACAUGUGCACAGUGGUCUACUUUGAUGACUGCGUGUCUAUCCGUCAGUGUAAACUUUACUGUGAGUCAAUAGGAGGAUCCAAGUACCGCUGGUUUCACAACGCCUGCUGCCAGUGCAUCGGACCCGAGUGCGUAGACUACGGCAGCAAGGCUGUGAAGUGCAUGAACUGUCUCUUCUGAAGUGCGGGCACAUAUUGGUACCAAAUGUCUGGGCUCUACCAGAGGACUGAGGGCAGAGGAAACUAUGACUGUUACGUGUUAGCAUUCCUCGGUUACCUUGUAAAAUACCCCCUACACCCCUCCCCCUGCCCUUGCAAAUUUGUUUUUAUUCUGCUGUUAUAUUUCACUGUAUAUUUUUAGAUAUGUUUUCAAUAGUGUUUUUUACUAGAGGUGUAUAUGAAUAAUGUAUUUUUGCAAUUAUGGUCUGCUAAAUCCCAGUCUCAUGCCAAAUAAAGAAAAGUUUGGUCAUGCGGA